GACAAUGGAAAUGGCAUGACUUCAGAAAAGCUACAUAAAAUGUUAAGUUUUGGCUUUAGUGAUAAAGUUUCAAUGAAUGGUCGAGUCCCAAUUGGAUUAUAUGGAAAUGGAUUCAAGUCAGGCUCAAUGCGUCUGGGUAAAGAUGCAAUUAUUUUUACUAAAAAUGGUGAAAGUAUGAGUGUGGGCUUACUGUCACAGUCCUACCUGGAAGCCACAAAAGCGGAACAUGUUGUUGUCCCAAUAGUAACAUUCAACAAAGACCGACAGAUCUUAAAUUUAGCUGAAUCAAAAGCUAGUCUUAGAGCACUUCUGGAGCAUUCUUUAUUUUCUACGGAACAGAAGUUAUUGGCUGAACUUGAUGCUAUUAUGGGUAAAAAAGGAACAAGAAUCAUCAUUUGGAAUCUUAGACGAGACAACAAUGGAAUAACAGAAUUUGAAUUUGAUAAGGAUAAAUAUGAUAUCAGAAUACCUGAAGAUUUAGAUGAAACAGGGAAAAAGGGGUACAAAAAGCAAGAAAGAAUGGACCAAAUUGUUCCUGAAAGUGACUAUUCCCUGAGGGCUUAUUGCAGUAUACUUUAUUUAAAACCAAGAAUGCAGAUCAUUUUACGAGGACAGAAAGUGAAGACACAGUUGGUCUCCAAAAGUCUUGCUUACAUUGAGCGUGAUGUGUAUAGACCCAAAUUUUUAGCUAAAACGGUAAGAAUUACCUUUGGAUUUAACUGCAGAAACAAAGAUCAUUAUGGGAUAAUGAUGUAUCACAAAAAUCGGCUGAUCAAAGCUUAUGAAAGAGUUGGUUGUCAGUUAAAGGCAAACAACAUGGGUGUUGGUGUAGUUGGAAUUAUAGAAUGUAACUUCCUAAAGCCAACUCACAAUAAACAAGAUUUUGACUACACAAAUGAGUACAGGCUUACAAUAGCAGCCCUUGGAGAAAAGCUUAAUGAUUAUUGGAAUGAAAUGAAAGUGAAGAAAAAUGCAGAAUAUCCUCUAAAUUUGCUACCAGUUGAAGAUAUGCAGAAACAGCCUGAUCAGACAUGGGUUCAAUGUGAUUCCUGCCUAAAAUGGCGAAAACUACCAGAUGGAAUAGAUACCCUUCCUGAAAAAUGGUAUUGUUCCUUGAACCCUGAUCCACAGUUCAGGAGUUGCAGUGUACCAGAAGAACCUGAAGAUGAUGAUUUGGUGCAUCCCACAUAUGAAAAAACCUACAAAAAAAAAGAUAAAGAAAAAUUCAAGAUGAAACGGCUGGAGUUUAACCUUCAGUCUUGUAAUGAAUUAUUAUGUAUGAAAAGCCACUCUGUCUCUUCAAGUAAAGACUUCACCACCUCAGUGAAGGAAAGUAUUCCAAGAUCACAUCUGACACCUCAAUCAGACCUUGACAACAACAGCUUAAAACGGAGAGCUUCUGGGUGUUUGACUCUUUCAAAUGCAAAGACUGCAAAAUAUGAUGAUGAUGAUGUGAUUAUCUUAGAAGAGAACAGUACCCCCAAACCUACUGUAGAUUCUAAUGUUACAUUAGUAAAAAUUGAACAGAUUUUUACAGAGCAAAGUGAUAUUCAGCCUGAGAGUGUUGCUGACAAAGAACCUUGUGAGCAAACUAGUUCACUAAUCAGUUCAGUAUCCAAUUCAGGAUGUGAAUCUGAACAGAAGACUGCUGGAACACAAACUGAAGUUCCAAAUUUAGCAGUUAAAAAGGAAGAAGUUAUUGAAGACAGCAUAGAUGAGCAAAGUAGUACACAGCCAGCCAUUUUAGAAGCUGAAGCAAAGGAAGAUAGCCUGAAUAUAUUCGAUAAAUCUGCAGAUGAUAUUGGAUUCCAAUUAAAUGAACUUAGAAAUGAAUUACUGUUUGUCAAUGAAGAAAAAGAAAAUUAUAAAAGACAAUGUGAAAAGUUAAGUGAAAAAGUAAAAACAUUAGAAAUGAAGAUAGUUGAAAUGAAUGAUAACUAUGUGAAGAAGGAAACUUGUCAUCAGUCAACUGAAACGGAUGCUACAUUUUUACUUGAAAAUGCUAAUGGAAAUUCUGAAAGUUCAGAUCAGAUGACAUUUCAAAUAGAGCAGACUCUGAAGGAGAUAGAAAAGUUGACUGAACACUGUAACAUGUUGCAAAAUUUGAAAGCUGAAUGUAGUAAAUGUUCAAGCAAUGAGAAUAAAACUGAAGUGGAUGAAAUGGCUGUACAACUUGAUGAUGUUUUCAGACAACUGGACAAAUGCAGUAUUGAAAGAGACCAGUAUAAAAGUGAGGUGGAAUUAUUAGAAAUGGAAAAAACACAAAUUGGCUUUCAGUGUGAAGAACUCAAAACUGAAGUUGAACAGUUAAAAGCCACAAUUUCACAAAUGACAAGAUCAGAUGAUUCAACAACUAGUAACAUUGAAGCUUCUAUGAAUUACUCUGAUAGGGAAAGUCUCAAACUUCGAUCCCUUCGAGUUAAUGUGGGCCAGCUGUUGGCUUCAAUUAUGCCUGAUCUAGAUCUACAGCAAGUAAAUUAUGAUAUUGAUGUAGUUGAUGAAAUUUUAGGACAGGUUGUUGAACAAAUGCAUGAAAUCAAUAGUACGUAAAGUAUAUUUUCUGUGAAAUAAUUUCUCAGUAUUUCUGUUGUAUAGUUUUCAAGAGGUAGGCAGUAUUAUUCUUUUUUUAAGGUACAAUAGGUAAUAAACUAAAGUACCAAUUAUGCCUACUGAAAAAAUACAUAUUCUAUGCACUCAGAUAUUCCUACAAAUGCUGUGGAUACUUUGUCAUAACUUUAAAAAAUACUGAAAGGUGUUGAUCUUUAGCCAGAAAUCGUAUUACAGAUAUAAAUGUAUUUAUAAUUAAGUCUGCAUAUAUUUUUUAUGAUGAUAAUGGGGACUGGUGUUUUCGGUAAAAGCUUUUCCGAUCACCUCAGACCUUUGUGCAAUCUUUCCAGUCCCUCAAAUUAUAUUUCCCCCCCUAAAAUGAGGUAUUGUGCCACAAUUUAAAUGGAGAAUUUUCCUUUAGCUUUCUUACAUAAAGAAUCUUUGGGAAUUUUUACUUUAAUCUACCUAUUUAUGACUGAGAUUAGUGCCUGCUUUGUGAACCAUUUUUAGUAAAUGGUUGUUAGAUUAUUUUAGAUGGUUUCCUAUCCUUGAAAUUGGACAUUCUUUAAAACAAUGUAGCAAUAACAGUGGUUAUGUUGGUUUUCCUGUUGACUUAUCCUUAUAGUUAUAUAACACUUUGAUCCUAUUUUAAUUUCAAUGCUACACUUUUCUCCUACAGAGAUUGCCAAUCAUAUUGAAUAACAGAAGUGUUUUUUAAAAAGUAGGGACAGAUAAGCUUAAGUGUCAGCAAAUAAGAAGGUUGACUAUAUAAGUGUUUAAUAUACAUCAUGAAACUCAUUUUUGUCUUUUUUGUGAAAAAUGAG